GCAUUUAAACCUCACAUGCCGUGGAGUUUCACACGAAAUUUAAAUGCGAUAUCUAUAAAAGCGAUGUAAUUUUCAGAAAUUGCAGUCUUUUAAUAUGUCAUUCGUUCGAAUAAAGAUGUACAUACGAAUAGUGUUUGUUUUAGUUGCAACUGUGAGUUAUUGCCAUGGUUAUAUAUGUGACGCUAUACUAGUCAAGUUGCCACAAGGAACAAUUGACGGGAUAACUUCAAUAAGUGGUAAUGGGAAAGAAUACUAUUCGUUCCAAGAAAUACCAUAUGCAGCGCCGCCUAUUGACAAAUUAAGAUUUAAAGAGCCUCAACCGCCUACCCCGUGGACAGAUAUAAGAGAAACGUGUAUAAAUAAAAAAGUGUGUAUGCAAAAAAAUGAGAGUGCCCUCACGCAUGUACCUAGUGACAUGACAAUAUCUGAAGAUUGUUUGUACCUGAAUGUAUACACACCUCAAAAACCUGGUACGUCGGAACAACCAUUACCUGUUUUAUUUUACAUCCAUGGGGGUGGAUUUUUUUAUGGUUCUGGUGCUAGACAGUACCAUGAACCAAAGUAUUUCAUGGACUAUGACGUUGUUGUUGUGACUUUCAAUUACCGCUUGGGACCCUUCGGUUUUUUAACAACAGCUGAUGAUGUGAUACCAGGAAAUUUAGGGCUCAAAGACCAAUUAUACGCACUGAAAUGGACAGUCGAGAAUAUUAAUCUAUUUGGAGGUGAUGCUGAUAAAAUUACUGUAGUUGGUGAGAGCGCAGGUGCUACAUCAGCUGGAUUUAUGCAACUUAGUAAAAGAACUGAAGGACUAGCUAGGGCUUACAUCUUACAAAGUGGUUCGCCAGUUUCUCCUUUUGCGUAUCAAGACGCCCCAAGGGAAUAUGCUUUCAAAAUGGGGAAAUUAUUGGAUUCAAAUUUUAACUCUAACGAUUCUGUAGCACUUUUGAAUCUGCUAAUGGAUACACCAGCUGAGAAGAUACAAGCUGCACCUAUACAAAAUGUGGGGCAUACCAUAAAUCCUAUUGGAGCUUUGGCAAUUUGGUUGCCAGUAAUAGAGGACCCCACUUUUCCUAAUUCUUUCAUCACUGAACCAAUGGUGGAUUCACUUUUAUCUGGAAAUUAUAAUAAAGUACCUUUAAUGACUGGAACUACUUCUGAGGAAGCCGUAUACUUUUUACAAUAUCUAACAAAUGAACAGCUUGCAUACUUUCAAAAUAUGCUAGACUCGAAUUUGAAUCUAACUGUUCAUCCAAGACUCAAUAUCAACCCUGAACAGCUCUCGCAAGCUGCUAAAGAAUAUAAGGAGGUAUAUACAAAAACUAAUUUCUCUGAUGACGCAGCAGCGUAUAUUAAGUAUAUCGGAGAAGAUGUUUUUAGUACACCCAACAUCCACCACGCAGCUCUUGUUUCGAAAAAAGCACCAGUCUACUUCUAUGAAUUUAGUUAUAGAGGACAAAUGGGAGUACAGGAUCUACCAGUGUUUCCAGGUGCAAAUAAUGUUGGUCAUACCGAAGAUCUUCACUACUUGUUUGGAGGAAUAGAGGGUGUAUCAGAACCAUUAUCUCAGUUUCCUGAUGAAGAUAGACAAACUAUGAAAAAGAUGUUGACGCUUUGGACAAAUUUCGUGAAAACUUUAAACCCCACUCCAGUCAAAGAUGAACUUCUUAAUAAUGUUUCCUGGCCUAUGAUGAAAUGUGGUGAACCUCUGAAUUUUUUGAGUAUUAAUAGAACUUUAGUACCUCUAGUCAAUCCCAAGUAUUACACAAAAGUGAAACAAGUUUUAGAUAAGUACGUUAAGCCGCCAUAUUAUGUAUAUUAAUUUUUUAUUUAUUUAUAUCUGUACUUAAUUAGUUUAAGCAAUAAAUAUUACAUUUUUUGAA